AGAAUCGUUCUCAUUCUGCAAUGGAGGCGCGAUGGAGGCGUGCAACGCGUGUUGCAUUGCAGCUCUGAGCUGACGGGCGCCCUCUGCCAGUGCGAGCCACGGUUUGCUCGAGGCAGACGCUGUGUGCACGUGCUACAACGCGGCUCACUGCCAGUGCGUCAUUGCUGGUCGGUUGCAGCCUGCCACGACCAUCUUCUCCUUCCGUAUUCACGACAUACACUAUUCGUACCGUGUCCCUUCAAAUCACUUCGUACAGCAUGUUCUCAGCAUUUCUACGAUCCAUCGUGAGUGGCGUCUUGCCAAUGCAUCAUAACACGUCUUCUCCCCCCUCUAUCACUACUUUGCAGCUACUCCGCGCGGCACUAUGCCCUCCGCUAAAGUUCAAUCUCGAAGUGGUCGAGAACAAGCCCCCAACGGGCGAUCAGCUCCGGACGAUCCUGUCAUACAUACCAGUAGCAACAUCCGCGACAGGCAUGGAGGCACGGCCCACCAGCGCGGAAGGCGUCUCAAAGCUCGCCUCGCAGAACCUGCAUGCGCUCAAGUGGCCCGUUGUGGUUGACUGGGACGCGGGAAGAGCGGCUGUGGGAGACAGCUCCGGAAGAAGAGAGACGGGGAGGUGCAGGAUGAAGGCCAUAAGCCGAAGGGCUGGUUCUCGUGAAUCAACAAACGAUAGGUUCGAGUUCACC